AAUAUCAACUAUUGGCAGGUUUAGUUUUGGACAUUUUCCACGUGUUUUUACGGUUUUUGUUAGCCGAGUUUUCUCUAAAAUGUCAGAAAAAAAGCCAUACGAAUAUAAUACAAAGAAUGGAGAUACAAAAAUUGUACACUCAGGCGAUGUCGAAAUCCAAUUCCAGGACAAAAGUAAACGAACAUCCUUAGAGAAGAUUCUAAUUGCUGUUAUAUUAAUGUGUGUUGUUGUUAUUGUUAUUUUGGCCAUUGUUGCAGCUAUCAGAAAAAAGGAUACACAGUCGGAAACAAUUGAUGUCUGUACGUCAACAGAAUGUACAGUAACAGCUGCUAGAGUUACUGACGCCUUAGACGAGACUGUUGAUCCAUGUGACAACUUUUACGACUUUACAUGUGGAACAUGGAUGAAGAAGACCAUCAUAUCGGAGGACCGGUCCAGUAUUGAUAUGUUUGGGGUUGUCCGAGAUGAAGUAGAGAUUACGCUAAAAUAUCUUUUGGAAGAAGACGGUCCUGAUAAUGAACCCGAAGCCGUUACUAAAGCAAAAGACCUGUACAAGUCUUGCAUGAAUCUAGAUUUGAUAGAAAAACACGGUGCAGCAGUUCUAAAAGAUUUAAUGGCGGAACUUGGAGGAUGGCCGAUGAUUGGUUCUUUUAACGGUGUUGAAUGGAAUCCCAAUAAUUUCAACCUAACCAAACUUUUGCUUGGACUGCUGAAAUACAACAAUAGGAUUCUAAUGGAUAUGUAUGCAUACACAGACAGUAAAAACUCCUCAACAAGAAUUCUUUUUAUUGACCAGGCAGAUUUUGGUAUGCCUGGGAGGAAAUAUUAUUUGAAAGAAAGAAACGAUACUAUGAUAAUGGCAUACGAAACUCUAGGAAGAUCCAUAGCAAUAGAACUUGGAGCUGAUCCAGAUGUUGCUGCUAAAGAUAUGGAGAAAGUUGUAAACCUAGAGAUAGAUCUUGCUAAUAUUACUGUACCAGAUGAAGAUCGCCGUGAUAAUGAGGCAUUAUACAAUAAAAUGCCGCUUUAUGACCUGCCUAAAAACUUUACAACUGCAAACCUGCCAUUCAACUGGAUUGACUACGUACAAGGAGCAUUAAGCUCGGAGAUGGUACAAAUAGAUGUACCUAUUGAUGAACCAAUAGUUGUUCGAGCACCUCUUUAUUUUGAACGUCUAUUCAACACACUCAGUAAAUAUGAUAAUAGGACAAUAGUGAAUUUCAUGAUGUGGAGAAUAAUGCAAAACAGAGCGAACAAUUUAUCACAGCGGUUCAAAGAUCUCAUUCAAAAUUAUAAUCAGAUUCUUUAUGGAACCUCAACACCACGAGCUCGAUGGAGAAGUUGUACAUCAUAUGUGAAUACUAAUUUUGGCCUGGCAACUGGUAGACUGUUUGUCAAGGAAUCAUUUCAUGAAUCAGCUAAAAAUGAUACAUUACAAUUGAUUGGUAAUCUGCUCGAGUCUUUUCAUGAAUUAUUAGACCAUGCUGAUUGGAUGGAUGAUGCUACACGUGUUGUUGCUCGGGAAAAGGCAGAUUUUAUUCAAAAGAAGAUAGGAUACCAAGAUGACAUUAUGGAUGAUGAGAUAUUGAAUGAAAUUUAUCAGAAUGUUACCAUACAUGCUGACACAUACUUGGCAAAUGUACUGAAUGUAAUCAGUUCUAUAUCUGCUGACAGUUUCCUAUUCCUAAGGGAGCCUGUCAAUAAGAAUGUGUGGAGUACGGCUCCUGCGACAGUGAAUGCGUAUUACAACUCGGUUUAUAAUCGAAUUAUGUUUCCAGCAGGAAUACUUCAGCCACCAUUCUACAGCAAAGGCCGACCAAAAUCCUUGAACUAUGGAGGAAUUGGAGUCGUCAUUGGUCAUGAAAUAACACAUGGUUUUGAUGAUAGAGGAAGGCAAUAUGACAAAGAUGGCAAUCUAGUCCAGUGGUGGUCGGAUGAAGUGAUCAAGAGGUUUGAUACACAAACACAGUGCUUAGUAAACCAAUACAGUAGUUUUACUCUUCCAGAGUUGGUUGAUGAAGGUUUAAACGUGAAUGGCAUAAACACUUUGGGAGAGAACAUAGCAGAUAAUGGUGGCUUGAAGCAAAGUUUCAGGGCAUAUAAAAGAUGGGUAGAAGAAAAUGGUGAAGAAAAACAGCUUCCCGGAUUGAAAUAUAACCAUGACCAGCUUUUCUUUAUUGGUUUUGCUCAGGUUUGGUGUGGUAGUAUGAGACGGGAGAGUGCAAUCAAUAGAAUAUUAACUGGUGUACACAGUCCAGGGCGGUUUAGAGUAAUAGGAACCUUGCAGAAUUCUAGAGACUUUUCACAAGCCUUCGGUUGCAAACAGGGAAGCUACAUGAAUCCUUACAAGAAAUGUUAUUUGUGGUAAAUCGAUUGUUGUUCAAUGAUUGUUAAAUGUGAUAACUUGAUUAUUAAAAAUAUACACAUGGCAAUUAGGAAAUACGGAGUAUUUCUAACAAAUGUAUCAGGAAUUAGUAUUGAUUUAUUGUAAAAUUAUUUGUUUGUGAAAUCAUUGAAUUCCAUUGAAUGUCUUUUGUAUUAUUUUAUUGUGAUUUUUAGAUAUUUUUAUGUAUACAAAUAAAGAUGUAUAUAUUGAU